UAAAAUGAAAAAAUUGAAAGAAAUUUUUUCAGUUUGUACUUUGGAAACGCUCCCUGAAUCGGACAUGUGUUUUUCUGGUGACAUUUUGGUUUAAUUGUUUUGAUUUUAUUUCUCUGUUAAUUUAAAGGUUAAUUUGCUUAUUGUGAUUAAUUUAAUUGUUAAAUUAUGGGCAAGAAGAAGCUAAAGAAGAUCAAGAAAUUAAAUUUGGUCUUUGAUGAGGAGGAACGGAAAGAUUAUCUAUCUGGAUUUCAGAAAAGGAAACAGGAGAGAAUGAAAGCCAAGGAUAAGAUUGACAAACAAAUGAGAGAAUUGAGAAUCAAAUUGAGAAAAGAGAAACGAAAACUUAAACAAGCUUAUCUUAAUCAACAAGGUGACCCUGAUUUAGAAGCGAUCCUACCAAAAGAAGCAAUUAAAACCUAUGAUUUACCUGAUCAAGUGGUAACAAUUAGUCCAAUGGAUCCUAUGGAAAUCGGCGGUUCUCUCAAUCUGUUAAUGGGUUAUAAUAAGUUUUCCUCCCUACCUGACGAUGAUGCAGGUGAAGGUGUUUCUAGCAAUUCUACUGCUAAAAGAUAAUAGUUUCACUAUUAAUAAAUUAAACCAAUUGUGUAAUAUUCAA